UUUUAUCAUACCAGAAAUAUUUAAAAAAAAAGAUUUUUCUGAAAUGUUUUACCAAAAAGUAUUUUUUUUUAUUCCCUUGAAUAAAUACGAAUAUAAAUUCAAUAAAUACGAACUUUUAAUAACUACAAUGAUGCGAAAUAUGUUCAAUAAUAUAAUUUCAAACAUUCAUUAGAAACAAUUUCGGCAUACAUCUUAUAAGCUAUAUUUAAUUACUCUUGCAAACUGAGUUAAAUUUAAUUGAUGUCGCUGUUAAUUAUUAUUUAUUACUAGUCAGCUAACUACUAAGUUUUAUUUCUUCAGUUUCGAAACGUUCAUCAAAAUUUUUUUCUUAAAAGUUUAUCAAGAAAGUCGUACAUACCUUCUUGAGUUGUUUUUACAUUUCUCUCCGCUAAUGAGAAAUGUAGUUUUUGAAAAUAACAACAAAUUUACUAUUUCCAAGUGAACGACAAUUCUUUCUUUACACUUCACACUUUUUUAAUUUCCUUUCAUUUUUACACUGAAAAAUAUUAUUGAUUCCAAAAAUUAAAUAUGGUUGAAGAUGGUAUCGUACAACAAAAACAAAAUUGUGAUUCAAAAUCCUCAAAAUCAAAUCAAUCAAAUCAAUCAAAUGAAACCAAAUAUUUAUUAUCUUAUCGAAUGUUAAAAAUUUUUGGAAUUGUAUUACUGCUGUGGCCAAUUGACAAGAAGGCGAAACUAGUUUAUCGAAUAUUUUAUGAAUCUCUAUGGUGGAUAUUUCUAAUGAAUGAUAUUCUUCUAUUCUUCGGUGUUUUAAUCGGACUUUGUCGUUAUUAUAAAUAUGUUUCGACAGUCUCGACAACAAUUUGCAUUAUUCUAGAACUUAUGGUGAUUACAGAAAAAAUGUAUACAUCAAUUCUUUUUAAAAUUCAUCGAUCUCAAUUCAAGGUUCAAAUUUUAAUUGCUGUUCUUGAAGAUGUAGUAAAGGAUGCUGAAAGUAAGGAAGCAAUUUUAUUGAAAGAAAUGGAAUCUUCAAUCUUGACAAAUAUCAUACAUUGUAUAAUUUAUUGUUUAAUGUUUCUACUGUACAUUUACUUACACAUAUUUGACAUAACCCUCAUUCUUCCAAAGGAAGUUUGGCAUCCCUUUUCCAUUGACCCCUAUAACAAAAAGAAAUUGGUAAUAUUUCAACAGAUGAUAUAUAUUUUUGAAACUGGUGCAUUAAAUGUCGCUGAUGGUCUACUCUUUAUGACAAUGAACGUUGCAUCGGUAAAAUUGAAAAUUCUUGCUGAAAAAUUCGAAAAAGUUCACGACAAAUUGCAAUUAAAUGAUUGCAUUAAACAACACCAAGAGAUUUUAGCGUAAGUUUAAUAAAUAUUAUAAAAAUUGAAGGAAACAUUAAUAAUCUAUACUUUAGAAGCUGAGAGGGCAAGAAUUAAUUCUUCAAUCUUUCUUCUUCAUUUUGCUAUACGUUUUGCUAAACAUUAUUAAGAGUGUAGUUACUUUACACAUUAACAAUAUUUUUCAUAUUUUAGAUACGUUGAUGAGAUUAAUAGGUUAACAAGAUUUAUGAUUUUUAAGACGAUUAUAGCCACAUUAUUUUACAUCAUUCUUGGACAACUUCAACUCGUUCACGUUAGUUUAACAUAAUAUGCAAUCCACUAAAAUCUAUUAACCCAUUUAGUGUCAAAUAACUGUUUUAGAUUCUUUUUAUGAUCUUAAGAUUUUUCAUUGAAAUUCGUUUUUUUAGAUAAAAGAGACAGUCAAUCUUCCACUAAUUUGUCAAUUUUUCGGAGUAGUGGUAAUUGUUAUUUACAGAGUUUUCUAUACUGCUCAAUGUGCCGAUACAAUAGCAUCAAGGGUGAGAAAGAAAAUUCUAUUCUUUUAGAUUUUAACACUUAAAUAUUUAUACAUUUAUCUUUAUUACAGAGUGAAGAUUUAAGGUUUUCUUUACCUUGGACCGGAAAGUCAAGUGAAAAGGCAUCGACAAUAUGCAUUAUUAUUCAAAGAUGCCAAAAGCCUUCAUAUAUAUGCGUUUCCGGUAUUAUGCCUCAAUUUUCCUUGAAAUAUUAUGCAGCAGUGAGUAAAUGUGUUAUCUUUGAACCUUAAUUAUCUUUCUUAAUAAAUAAGAUGACCAUAAUUAGGAUACUUUCGCGAAAGUUUUGUGUAUUUUUUAUUAAAAUUUAGUUUCACAAAUGGAAAAAUUAUUUUGUCCAACACCUUCGGGGAAAUGGAAUCAUUGUUCACUAGGCACUAGUGAAGAAAUGUACUAUAUUUCUCCACUGGCCGUUUGUUCAGUGAAGAAAUGAGGGGUGAAGAGAGUAAAGGGCACAGUAUGUGCAUAAUAUACACAAACAUAUACUCAAACACAACUAAUAUUAAGUACAAUAUUAUUGUACAUAAUAAUAGAUAAUAAAUACUUUAGGUUUUGGUUAUUUUAUUGAAAACACAGUUACUAACACGAAACUAGGUUCUAGCUAACUUACUAACUUAGUUACUAACUAAUUAACUAACUAACUUACAAACUAAUUUACUAAAUUAGUUACGAAUUUACUAACUUUGUUACUACUGGGUGUCUAAUAAGGAUUGAGAAAAUAAUGUCUUG